AUGGUAAGAAGUGCCACGAUUUCCCCGGAAAAGCUGAGAAUCUGUGGUUCCGAUCACAUACUCUGCUUUUUAAGGCACUCUUUUUCUCGCCGGAAUUUUCUUGCAGGUCAUUGUUCUUCCAUUUUUCACAACAGUGAGAGAAAACAUGAGCGACACCUCUCGUCGGAUGUUCUAUCUCCGGUUACUUCUAUUGGCUAUAAGGUGUUCGACGAAAUGCCCCAGAGAGAGGAUCGGGCGGUUGAAUCAAGCUUUAUGUUUUUGCGAGAUUUGCUUAGAUCCUCCAUGAAGAGAACAGAGGUAGAGACUCCUAGGAGUAUCCAUUGUUUUGCUUUGAAGACUGGUUUUUUACAAGAUUUGCCUGCAUCUUCGAAGCUUCUGAUGCUUUACGCGAAAACCGGGGACUUGGCGUCUUCUUUGGGUCUGUUUGGUGAGCUGAAAGUGAAAGAUGUGAUUAUUUAUAACAGUAUGACCACUGCACUGAAUCAAAAUGGUCGUUCUGUGGCAGCUGUUGGAUUUUUCGUUGAGAUGAUUCAAAAGGGAACCGAGUUUGAUUCAACAACGCUUUUACUUGCAGCUUCAUCGUUAUCCAGUCUAAAUCUUUCGAAGAAAUGUCCACUGGUUCAUUGUUUGGCUAUAGUGGCUGGUUUGGUUUCUGAUUCUAACUUGUGCAAUGCAUUGAUGAAUCUUUAUGCAAAAGGUGAGGAUUUGAGCUCUGCGGAGUGUGUUUUCACGCAUAUGGAACAUCGAGACAUUGUUUCUUGGAACACAAUCGUGACCAAAUGUCUUGCAAAUGGUCAUCCCAGUAAAUCGUUGAAGUACUUCAAGUCGAUGAUUGGUUCAGGACAAGAAGCUGAUAAUGUGACUUUUUCAUGCGUUAUCUCAGCUUGUGCUUCUCUUGGAGAGCUUCCUUUAGGUGAAUCCUUCCACGUGUUGGUCAUCAAAUUAGGUUAUAUCCCGCAAGCUUAUGUCGCUGUGGCUAACUCGAUCAUUUCGAUGUACUCAAAAUGUGGGGACACUGAGGCUGCGCAAACCGUGUUUGAAGAAGUAUUAUGGAAGGAUGUUAUUUCUUGGAAUGCAAUCCUUAAUGGGUUUGUUUCAAAUGGGUUGUUUCAAGAAGCAUUUGGUAUUUUGAAGAAAAUGCAAUCUGUGGAUUUGAUGCAGCCUGACAUAGCCACUGUGGUUACAGUAACUUCCAUCUGCGGUGAAAUAUGUUUGUCACGAGAGGGCAGAGCAAUUCAUGGUUACACGGUUCGCAGGGAGAUGCAAUCUAAUGCAAUAGAGGUAAUAAACAGCCUUAUUAACAUGUACGGUAAGUGUGGCUUAACAAGGCAGGCAGAGCUGCUGUUCAAGACAGCAACUGAACGGGACUUGGUUUCAUGGAACUCGAUAAUAUCUGCUUUCGCACAAAACGGGUUUACACAAGAAGCUAAGAAUCUGUUCAAGGAAGUUGUCAGUGACUAUUCUUGUUCAAAGUUCAGCUUGUCGACCUUGUUGGCAAUUCUUCCGUCUUGUGAUUCCUCUGAUUCUCUCAUCUUUGGCAAAUCAGUCCAUUGUUGGCAGAUAAAGAUAGGACUUGGGGACAAUAUCCUUUUGAGUAAUUCAGUUAUAAACAUGUACAUUGGUUGCGGGAACCUAAAUGCAGCAUUCUUGCUAAUAGAGACGAUAUCUGAAACAAGGGACCUCGCAUCUUGGAACUCUGUAAUCUAUACCUGCGCAUUGAAUGGUCACGAUUCAGAAUCUUUGAGAGCGUUUCAGGCAAUGAGUCAUGAAGGGAAAGUUCGUCAUGAUUUGAUUACUCUUCUGGGUACUAUCUCGGCUUGUGGAAACCUCGGACUGGUCUUACAAGGAAGGUGCUUUCAUGGUCUAACUAUCAAGACUUUGAGAAAAUCUGACACCCAAUUGCAGAACACGUUGAUCACCAUGUAUGGUAGAUGCAAAGACAUCGAUAGUGCAGUGAAGGUCUUUGGUUUGAUCUCUGACCCUAACUUGUGCUCCUGGAACGGUAUGAUAUCAGCUUUGUCUCAGAAUAAAGCUGGACGAGAAGUGUUUCAACUCUUCAGGAAACUUAAGUUAGUGCCAAACGAGAUCACAUUCGUUGGUCUUCUCUCUGCCUCGACUCAGCUUGGGUCUACAGGCUAUGGUAUGCAGGCGCAUUGUCAUCUCAUUCGGCGUGGAUUUCAGGCUAACCCUUUUGUAUGUGCAGCACUCGUGGACAUGUACAGUAGCUGCGGGAUACUAGAUACCGGUAUGAAGGUGUUUAGGAACUCGGGGGUAAAAUCAAUUGCUGUUUGGAACUCGGUUAUCUCUGCAUAUGGAUUCCAUGGAAUGGGAGAAAAGGCAAUAGAACUAUUCAAUGAAAUGAUUAGUAGUAACUUAGGGAUGGAACCAAACAAGAGCACUUUCAUAAGCCUAUUGUCAGCUUGCAGCCACUCUGGGUUCAUAGAUCAAGGUCUAAGUUACUACAACCAAAUGGAGGAUAAAUUCGGGGUGAAACCAGUAACCGAGCAUCAUGUUUGCGUUGUUGACAUGCUUGGCCGCGCAGGGAAGCUGAGAGAAGCUUAUGAGUUCAUCAAAGGGAUUGGUGAACCACAAAAAGCAGGUGUGUUGGGUGCUUUGUUGAGUGCUUGUAACUAUCAUGGAGACACAAAAUUGGGAAAAGAAGUUGCAGAAGUUUUGUUUGAAAUGGAACCAGACAAUGCAUCUUAUUACAUCUCAUUAUCGAAUACUUAUGUUGGGUUAGGAGGUUGGGACGAAGCUGUACGGCUUCGGAAGAUGGUGGAGGAUAAAGCUUUGAAGAAGCUUCCUGGUUACAGUUUUAUUGACAUAUAG